GUGCUGUUAAAUAAUAGAAAACGAUGGUGCAGUUUUUCCAACAGUCGGUGAAUAAUUCUAUGCGAGUCAUUCGAAAGAAUAAAUCAGGGGAAAGUUUAGAAUUUUUCUAAAAAUUCCGAAAAUUGUCCAUGCGUUAAAAGUUUAAAAAAUGUCAUCUGAGAAAGAUUUGGAAAAUCAAUCAAGAAAAAAGUCAUUUGAUGAAAAUGGUAUUCCAGAUUGCUUAAGAUGGACAGUGUCGGACGUUGAGCAAUGGGUAGAAGAAGAUUUGAAAUUUCCACAGUAUAGGCUUUGUUUUUCAAACAAUCUCAUUAGUGGAAAAAAAUUGAUUCAUAUGAACGCUUCAAACCUUCCAAGAAUUGGCAUUACAGACUUUGAACAUAUUAAGGAAAUUACAGCAAAAGUACGGGGUUUACUGGGUGUCAAUUAUCCGUAUUGGAACAGGCCGAUAAACUUGCCACCCAAAGACACAAUGGAACAUUUUAUUGAAAGAAAAUCAAUCUCUGGGAAGGAGAGUGAUAAUUUGACGUUUGAGGAACAUGUACGCUACUUGAAUGAGUUUGAGCUACACGGUGUAUCAAAAUAGUAAUACUAUUUAAAAAACUUUCUGAGAAAGGUUUUUGCGGAUUACCGGUUUUUGUGGGCUACUGCGCACCGACCCCUAUGUGUUAGUUUCUCGCAGAAGGUAUAAUAGAAAAAAUAAUAUAUUUCUACUGUUUGUAAUUUUUAUAUAUAUAUUUAUUUGUGCUAGGAGCUUGCGGUAUUGCGCUUGUUAAUGUGCAUACAUGAAGUUGUAAAAUAUAUUAUUGAACUAAA